CUUUCUAUCUAUGUAGGUCCAAGCUUGUCACCAAAGUAUAUAUUUCCUGAGCAGUUUGUGGGCGGUGAUCAAACAAAGAUACAGACCUAGCGGUUGUUUUGGGGAACAUCCACAGCAAGAACAGAAAUCAAGAUAAUGGGCCUUUUGCGAGGAAUCUACAGUGGGAUAGCCCUGUUUGAGGAAUUCCUGGGCAUCUUAUUUCUCAUUGGGGCCAUCGCCACGAGAGAUUGGAUCGCGGUUGAAGACACACUUUAUGUCGGACUUUUCAAGACAGAAUACAGAGGAUUCGUGAGUGACACAACCGACUUCUUUGAACGCAAUGGCGAAAGUGCUGGCUUCGUGAACGCCUCGAUAGGACUGAUGUUCAUCUCGCUGGCCAGUUUGACAGCCACCUUUGUCCUCACUAUCAUCUUGCAGAAGAAGAUAUCAUUCUACUUGCUCCUCGCCAUAACUCUUCUGGCCAUCCUUCCAGAAAUUUUAGUCAUCGCCUCAAUGGUAUUGCUCAUAGCCCUAAUCCCAGAAGUCGGCUAUGACAAGGACGAUGAUAAAGUAGGGUUCAGUUUUUAUCUGGCCUUGUUCGGAGGUGUGUUCUCGUGGGCUGCCUUGA